AUGGGAACUGGAAACUGCACAAAGCAGUUUUAUGUCGAUCUUGAGGAACAGUUUUUGUUGUCGCCCAGUCCUGACCAAACUGUUUUGUGCUCUGUGUUUGCUGACCUAAUGGAGUGCAUCGAUGAAGCAUCAUCUUCACUAUCUUUUGUCUCCCAACGUGUCGUACAGACUCUUGGUAGCAAGAUGGUGUCGCAGCUUACUGAGUUGUGUCAAGCAGCCUCUGUCAGUCCCUGUGAAGUGGGAGACCCGCUGAAGGACGAGAAUGGGGAUCAAUACUUCUGUGGGCGAGGCUCCUCCGGGUUCUGUCCAUCAGAUUCCCGUUGUGUUAUUUCCUCGACUGACAGCUAUGCAGUUUGUUGUGCUAAAGUGAAAAAUUCAACUGAAAAAGACUGUGGUUCAGCCCCAGCAGAUCUCGUUUUCCUGGUGGAUGAGUCAAGUAGCAUAGGCAACAACAACUUCCAGAUCCAGAAAAAUUUUGUGAAAAGUCUUAUUGAUAAUUCUAUCAUAGCUGUAAAUAUACACAUGGGUGUAAUGCAGGUUGCCUUGGUAACAUUUUCUGCAGACCCUGUCAAACGAUUUGGAUUGAAUACGUACAACACUACAGAAGGAAUGUUCGCUAAUAUUGACAGCAUUCCGUACGAUAAGAGAGGAACGCAGAUUGAAAAGGGUUUGAAGUACGUACGAGAAGUCACUCUAACUGAAGCCGAAGGAGCACGUUCUGAGGCUCCCAAGAUUGUCAUUCUGUUGACCGAUGGUUCUUCCAAUGAUGAUUCGGAAAAGGAAGCAAAUCUUCUCCGUGAUAUGGACGUCACUCUGCUUGUCAUUGGGGUUGGAAACGUUGACAUGGAUCAACUUAAAGCUAUUGCAGCCAAUGACAAAUUCCUGUUUACAGUUAGUGACUUUUCAGAACUUAGUGGAAUUGCUGAACAGUUUGUUGCAUCCAUUCCUUGUCCUGAUGAGCCGCUGACCUGCCAUCUGUCUGAGGCUGUACAGUGUUACAAGGGUCAGGCCAGGUCCCUUUUGUCUGGCCUCUUACCUAUAGCGGCUAGGGAUUCGGUCUGCAGCACCACUGAAGUGUAUUCUGAUUGUGUUACGAAUUUGACGGUGACCUGUUCCUCGGAGAAGCAGCAGAAGUUCCUACAGGUAUCUCAGUGGACAAAACAGCUGGUCAAAACUCAGGGUAUUUGUCAGUCACCAGAGGACUACACUCCGAAAUACUGUCGUCCAGAGGAGGCUGCUCCCUGUUUAGCUACCAUGUCAAAAAUGAUUGCCCGCUAUCAACAUACACCAAUACGCUCCGCAAUCUGCUCACACAUCGUGCCAACAGAAACUUGUGUGUUAAAGAGCAUAAAGGAUUGUGAUGAAGAAAGACGCCGUAGUGUGUUACAGGCGUAUCAGGAUAUGACCAUGCUGGCACGACUUGCUUGUGUGGCCCCUCAGGUUCCCAAACCAAUGCCUCCAGACUGCGAAGAGGAGGGACGGAUCUGUAACGACAUUGAGGCUCUGAACUGCCUGGUGACAGCACAUACCAAACUUGUGGCCUCUAAGGAAAGCAAAGAAACUGUUUGCAAGUAA